AUGUUCUCAAAACUCCUUGCACUUUCUUCUGUCGCUUUGAUGGCUUCUGCGGCCGCUGUUUCUUCCAGUGCAUCUGUGACUCCAUCCAGUAGCAAUGUGACCAGUGUGUUCUCAUCUGUUCUCCCGACGGCCACCCCACCCUCGUCGCUGCCCACGUUCAACAACUCGGUCAUCGUGCCCAUCGGUAACGGAGUGUACUCCUGCUUCGCCAUUCCAUCGGCGGUCCCGACCACCGUUCCUGAGCCAUUCCCCGUUACCUCCUCAGUCUUCACCGAGCCCGUAACGAUCACCUCGUCCGCCGUUCCCUCGGAGGAUGUUUCUAGUUCGUUCGCGCGCCGACAAGAAGCGACGACGGAAGCUUCUGUUUCCUCUGCUCCCACUAUUACCGUUGUCGGCACCGACACCUUUGCAUCCAGCUCUCCGACCACCGUUGCCACUGCUACUGCCAGUGCAAGCAAUGACACAGCUCUGCCCACAUAUGUCUGCGUCCCAAUUCCUCAGGCAAGUGCGACGGGUACUGUCACGCCAAGCACCUCCUUCGCCGCUACUAGCACCCCUGCGGCUUCGUCUUUCACGUCUGUUUCUGUUUCUGCACUCUGA